UUUUUUUGUCGCUUCAUGCCUUCUUCACUACGAACAUUAAAGACAGAAUGAUGAGACGAUAUGUCCUCCUCAGGACGGGGAUUUGGACAGUCAGGCGAACAAAACUUUGACGGUGGUCGACCAAGUAAAUUUCUGUACGCCGGAAAAAACAAGAAGAUUGAUCCUUGGGGUACCAACGACAACGAUCAUGAAAAUGGUAUAGAGCUUUCUCUACAGCCUAAAAAUACGCUUCUGAAAACGAAGGAUACCCGCAGUUCGCCAGGUUGCGAACUCGACGAUGUUUGGAGUAUACGCAAAAACGUUCAAGUCACACAGGCAAGCAAGAAAGGAACGGUUCUAAAUACAAACAAAUCUACGCCUUCAUAUUAUUCCAGGCAUGGAGGUUUGAGCGGGACAGGAGACGUGGACAGCUCGAUCUUAAACAAAGGAAAUAACGACGAUUUUCUCGGCUCAAGUGCUGAUCGCAAAUCAUGGAGCAUUGCAAGAGGAAAUUUUUCAUAUUCAGACAAACCCAAGUUCAGUCCAGGUGGCAUUCAUGGCUCAUCAACAGCAAGUCAACCUGAAGACUUUCUAGACACUAGUAGAAACUCAGAUAAUUCAGCCACAGAUGAAUUUGAUAUGGUACAGAGGAAAAACCUCUUGAACAGCAAACUUAGGAUGGCUGGGGCUCCGCAAAUUGCAACCAGAGAAAUGUCGGCAAGAACACGGCAUGCAAAGAAGAUGCAUGAUGCUCACCUCAGGUCAAUGGGUUUAGCUCAGUACACCCCUGGAAAUGGAUCGUAUAUCUCUCCAGGCGAAGAACAAGACAGCAACAACUGGAAACAAAGUGAUGAUGAUGAUGAUUUCUUCUCAUAGACUUUGCUUGGUACCUGACGCCAUCACAUUUAUAGCAAUAUGUAAAAUAGUAAAAGUGUACAUAUUAUAUGUGUGUGAUUAGCAAAGGUGUGAUAGACGCAAGUGUCUGACUCGAGUUUUUUUUUUUUUUUCUCAGUUUUUAAAAUAUACAAUGACAGACAUAGUUGUUGACUUGGUCAGCUGCUAUGCAACAAAUUUGUAGGUGUAGAUAGUUCAGUAUUUCAUGGGACAACUUUUGUCACAUGUACAGUUUCUCUUCCCAAAAUUUGAUUGCUGGGAGAAAGUGUCAGGUUUUGGGAUCGAUUAGACUUCAAGCAGUCUCUUUCGUUUUCUAGCAUGUGACAAGUUUCUAGCAUGUCGGUGAGUUUCUAGCAUGCAGUGAGGGGCAAACUCCUUGUUUCUUUCCCUAAUUUGCAUAAUCUUAACUCAAUCCUGUGUGUGGAGGAACAAAUAAAUGCCAGAGGUGUCUAAAUAUCUUCUGACUCCAGUUUCCCAUUCAGUCCCUUGUGGAUUAAGGAAUGAACAUUGCUGAAUUGUGAAAUUUCAAAAGUUGUUGUCACCAUUUUCCAGGAAUCUGUGUGAGCCAAACUGGUUUUGAGCUCUGAAGAAACUGUGUGCAUCAACCAUAUGCAUCAAUAUACUGAUCAAUUUAAUUUUGUACAAGUAUUAAAACAAAUUUGGAGUACCUUGUUGGCUAUUCAUUCAUCUGUAGGAAAAAAGGAUGGAGGCUGUACAUUUUUACACAAUACCAUGUAAACUUAACACAGCCAAUUAAUGCCAUUAAGUGUACUAGAUUUGAUGUUUGAACUUUUCUGUAGUUUGAUGAGCGUUGUGAAGGCUUUUGUGCGCGAAGAAUCAUCGGUAAAUGUACCAGUCGCUAUCUUUUUUUCCACAGAGGAUGUUGGAUUGAUUUCUUUGAAAUUACCUUGGCCUAAAAGGUAGGUUAAAUGAAGGCUUUCCUCACAGGGUAUCCCAAAGGAAAAAUAGACAACUAUCUCCUAUAAGUCUUGACUAGCCUCCGUCAUAGACGCUUCCUACCGAGGGUUAAAAUUUCCGUCGGCAACGCAGGCUGGUCUUGAAAUACUGUACAGGUUUUUAAAUUUUUUUUGCAAUAUUCCAGGUGUCCAUUGCAGUUUCUUGUAAGAAUUUUUCAUUCAUAUUUUUUUAUGAUUUUAUCUACAGUGGUAAUAGUUCAUUCAUUUACUCUUCGAUCCAAAUGCAUGGGUACAGGGUAUUUAAUUUUUUUACUCUUGAAAUGCAGAAACAGUUAAAAUGUACAUAUGAUCAGAAAGCCCAUAUUUCAUUAACUUGUAGUAUUUAAUUUAACGCAGCAUUUGAACGAGAUCUCUAUUACAGGUGUGAAAGAUAAGAAAUAAAUACAACGUCGUUUUCUUGA